CGUCUUCGUGCCGAGAUCUUCUUUUCGCGCUAUAAAAGCAAGCAAUGCAAUGCUGUUCUGCCUUGACCUCAAAAACAGUGCGAAACUGAGUACGCGAGACUUUCUUGAUCGGUUCGAUACUCAUGACCACCGCCACGACUCCCUCCAACUCCUCCGCGCACCAUCUGGACAGCCUCGCUCCUUCUCCUCCUCCUCCCGGAACCCAGUCCCUGAACGGUCCAUCGGAAUCAGAUGCCCGUCCUUUCCCCUGCCGAGACUCCCUCGCGGACCCAUCGAUGGAGGAUCUCCGUUGCGGGGAGAGGGGGAGCAGCAGAGCCUGGGUUGCGGAGCAAGAGCGCGGGAUCGAGAGGGAGAUCGUCCGGACCAUCUGCUCCGGCAAUGCCGACUCCCUCAAGCCGAAUUCCGGCAAGGCCGUCGCCGUUGGCGAGCACUACAUCUGCGUCUCCUUCCACGAUGGGGUCGACCCGAGCUACCGGACGUGGGAGUGGCACGGGCAUGUCAUGGCCCUCGACGGGAACAAUGGGUACGUGCCCGAGCACAUUUACGGGAAUUACCUCGAGAGGGUGGAUGCGGCCGGUUUGUACGGCGAGGAAGACGAAGACGGGACAGAGGAUUCUGGCAUUCCCAUUGUCCUUGGGAACGUGAACUUGAGGAUCAUCCACUUUGGCAUUUGAUGCGGUACAGUAGACAAUGACUCAACCUUAUGUUCCGAUUGAGCCAAUUAAGUGUGAAAAGUAUUAUGUACUGCGGAUGUUUACUCCCUCUUGCUAGUGGGUCCCAUACAUCAGAGGUAUGUAAACGUUUCUCAUCAAGUGUUUGUCAUUAAAAGUUCAGAAUGUUGUGUGCCAUUUAAGUACCACUCUUCAUGUGUCAAAUGCAUCUUCUUUUUGCAUGCAACUAUGCCUGUGGAAGUGUUUGCUAAAGAGGGUUGGCCUUCGGUAGUUUGUGCUUUUAGCACUAUGUAGUAGCCAUAGAUGUAUUGUCUCAUGGCAACACAAGCUAAAGUGGCUCAGCAAUUCUAAAGGUAGAGAUUUUUUAAGAUUUGUAGCUGGAUUUUGGCCUCGUGUGUACUUGAUUGGAAAGCAAGAAAUCAAGCUGUUUUAUCUGGGGAUUUUAGAAGUCUUAAUCAGACUAUAGAUUUUAUAAAGUUUCCUGUCAAGUGUUUGCAUCGAUCAUGCUGUUGGCGGUGGGGAAUCAAUGUGAAUAGUUGCACUUCAUUGCAUUCUCUGAAUUGUUAUAAGGGGUGGCAGCUGGAUUUUGCCUACCUGCUUUAAUAAUUUGUGGAGAUGUAACUGCUUCCUUAUCACAAAAAGGAAAAGAAUAGGAAGAAGGAUGUGCAAUGGAGUGACAAGAUGAAAUGGAAGGACCAGCAAAGUGGAAGCACCAGCACAAUGCUGGUAAUGUGACUAGAUCAUAAUGCAGAACUGAUUGAUCUAAGCUAAAUGAGAAGCAAUAACACUGGUCAUUAGAAGUGAAAUAAAUCUAAGCUAAUAGGUAAAUUGGCAGAAUGAUUGUGGAGAUGUAUUAAAAGGUCAAAUGGAGAAGAACUGAGCUGGAAGGAGUGGUUAACUGGAAAACUGAGUAGAUAUUAUAGAAUGUUUUUCUUGCAAAGGGUCUUUGAUCAUCAAUAGAAAGGAUUUAACUAGAAGUGAGGCUAAUGCAUGUGCAAGUUGGGUUGCAAGCCAAAUGAAAUGAAAUGUGUGUUUGUUUAUUAGAGGGCAAUGAAUAUGGUUUUUCCUGUUAAUGCAUUCCAUGUUCAAUUUUCAUCAUUGAGAUGCAAGCGCUUAGGGUUUUUGUAUUUGUACCCUUCUGUAUGCUAGUUGAUAAGACAACUUUUGUAAGCUUUUUUUGGUCUAUUUAUAUAGUUUGUGGAUGUUUGGACCUAUCAUUGUUAAAAGGUUGGUGUUCUAUUAUCCUAAUCUUGUAUCCGCUUCAUUACGUAUCAGCAUUUCUUUGGCAAAUUUUUGUAGCUCCUAUUUAUGCAUCUCUAUGCUUCUUCACAAUUCUUUUUGUUGUAAUAAGACUGGCUUUUUAUUUUGGUUGCGCACUUAUUUUCCUUUGUUGAAUUGAAAUUGACAGGUUCAAUAGGUUCAACUGACAAGUUUGUUCAGAGUUGUAGAAUUAGUCCACAAGUUGUAAGACUAUAAUACAAGAUCGAUGACCAUUCUUUCCUUUUUGCGAGAUUCACGUGAUGGAAGUACAUUUGGAGUUCUCCGCCAAUUUUUCGAAUUUCAAAGCACGAGUUUGCAACAUAAUGGAAAACAAUAGAAAUACCACAUUUGCUGUAUGACUGUUUUGAUUCUUCAUUUCUAUUAGGCAUUACCAAAAGAAAACCUUUAGCAUUCAUCCUCUAUGUUGUAAUUUUCAUUUAACUCUGAAACUGCCUGGUAAAGAGCUGCAAACUGUAAUUUGUUUGGAGUUAUGUUCUCUCUUGUGUGGUUCCUGUUGAA